AUGACAAGUCACAAAGAGCGAGUAGACGCACGGAUACUGAGUUUGCUGGAGACUGGCGCAAAGCAGAAGCACAGAACAAUAAUAGGAGUGUGCAGCAAAGUGAAGAAUGUGGUGCACCAUGUGCAUUCUUUGCUCUCCAUGUAUGUAAUCCGGCCGCGCGUUCUGUGGGUCUACGAGAAAGAGCUUGAGGCGAAAACACACAAAAUAGGAAAGGCACGGAAAAGAAAGGGCGCUGGCGAGGUUGCCCUGUCAAACUUUGAGUCGUUUAUUGUAAAUACGGAGAUAAACUAUGUUUUCCAUAGCGAGGCAGAGAAAGUCCUUGGAACCACAACGGACAUGUGCAUACUGCAGGACUUCUCCAAAAUAAAGGCGAAUGCGCUGGCCAGUGUGAUAGAAAGCGUGCGAGGAGGGGGGAUCAUUUUGGUGCCCAUUGAGGAGACCGAGAGCGUGUACACGAAAAGGCUGUACCACUUGCUGCAGUCCGCUGGGAACUACAUCAUACUUGACGGGCAGAUGAACGUGGUCCGCGACGCGCAGGAAGUGGCGCAGGCGGACGAUGAAGACAAGGAAAACAUGCUUGAUGAGAAGGCAAAAAAGGUAAAGGAGUCUGCAAACGUGCUCAACCCCCUGAGCGUUAUUAGCGCAAACAGCACAGCUGUUCUGAUGAAGCAGUGCAAAACAGAAGACCAAGCAGACGCCGUUCUGAAACUGUCCGAGGUCUUGGACCGACGGUCUCUUGUUGCCGUUACCGCAGACAGAGGGCGAGGGAAGUCCGCAGCCUUGGGGCUGGCCGUGGCGCACGCCGUGGUUAAGGGGAUGAACGACAUCUUGAUUUCUGCGCCGCAUCUGGCAAAUGUGCAGACGCUGUUUGAGUUCAUAGUUUUGGGGCUGACCGCAAACGGAUACAAGGAGCAGUUUGACUUCUUUGUUGAGUACUCAAAGACAAUGAAGCGCUCAAUUGAAAAGAUUUCUGUCUCAAAAACGCACUACCAAACAGUCCGGUUUAUGAGCCCGCAGGCGCUUUCGCACUCGCCCUCUAUGCUUGUGGUGGACGAGGCGGCAGCUGUGCCCUUGACCGUGCUUAAGAGCAUGCUUGGAAUGUACCCCACGCUUAUCUCCUCCACCACCGCAGGGUACGAGGGGACGGGGCGCGCGCUCUCUCUGAAGCUUUUCAAGUCGCUGGACCCGGAAAUAGUCCGGCUAGAGGCGCCCAUUCGAUACAGCAAGAACGACCCGGUGGAAAAGUGGCUGAACAGCGCGCUUUCGCUGUCGCCCGAAAUACCGAAAAUGAUCACUUUCCCCAGCCACGACAAGUGCCGAGUGUACGCGGUGAAUAAGACUCUGCUCUUCUCGGGCCACGAGGAAACCGAAAAAAUCCUCAGGGCGCUGUCCAGCAUCCUUCUGUCGGGCCACUACAAGAACAGCCCAAACGACCUGCAGACGCUUGCAGACGACCCCAGCCACACGCUUGCAGUGAUGCUGACAGAAGAAGGCCGCGUGCUUGGCCUUUGCCAGUGCGUGCGAGAGGGCGGAAAGACGGAAAUGGAUGAGACCCAGCAGGCCUACAACGAGAAGAGGAUGGAGAAGGGAAACCUCAUUCCUUGGUCAACCGCGCAGUACUUCCUCGACAUGGAAAUAUUCGAGCAGGCAGGCAUUAGAAUUAUAAGAAUCGCAGUUCACCCAGACGCACAGUCAAUGGGGUACGGGUCGCACCUGGUCAAUGAAGUUGUUAGAGCCGCAGAAACAGGCGAGGAGCUGGGAGCCGGCAGGCCAUCCAGCCACGUGCUGUUCUCGCCGUUGGCACUGCCGCGGGUCGACUAUGUGGGAGUCUCCUUUGGAGUCACACAGAAGCUGCUGGACUUCUGGCUGCGCCUUAAAAUGAGAGCUGUUUAUCUGAAGCACACGCUUUGCAAGACAACCGGAGAGCACACGCUUAUUAUGAUGAGGCCAAUAACAGCGCGCGCCUCCGCCAAGGUAGAGGCGUACACGCAGGAGUUUACAGAGCGCUUCCUGGAGCUGCUUCCUGGAUGCUUCCGGACAGUGCCCACGGUAAUCUCGCUGCAGCUGAUUACGCCCGUGCAGGAGCGCAUGGAAAGGCCGAAGGAGGGGCAGAUAGUGCGAAUGCAGGAGUUUGCCAAGUGCAACUUGGACUUGCGGAUUGUGGUCGAUCUGCUCCCCGCGCUUGCAAGGGGCGUUCUUAAAACAAAAAAGCCCAUGGUUUCGACCACGCAGAAAGUUAUUCUUUUGGGCAUGGGCUUACAGCAUAAAACAAUCAACGACAUGAGCAUAGAGCUGAAGCUGCAGCAGCCGCAGGUGAAGAUACUUAUUGCGAAGGCGUUGGCUGCGCUUUCCGCGAGCAAUUAA